AUGGCGGCAGUGACGUUACGAACCGGCUACCGGGUACAACCGAGGUCUAACGGGAACGUGGAGAUUGUGACACAAUAUCCUGCACGUGCUGGCCUUCUUGCCCGGGAGCUGCACAAGCUGAACGUGCAUGUGGCCGCCAUCCAGGAAGUUCGAUGGCCCGGUCAUGGAGAGCGAGAAUUCACGGCGGUGGACCCCAUCGCCAACACCUCUUUCAAGUACCACAUCUACUACAGUGGCGGCGAAAAGGCGAUGCACGGAGUCGGUUUUGUAGUGAUUGGGGAUCAGAAGAACCGAGUCAUCAAGUGGAAGGUGGUGAAUGACCGGAUCUGCGUGUUGAGAAUAAAGGGCAAAUUCUUCAACUACAGCCUGAUCAACAUCUACGCGCCGACAAACGACAAGCCCGAUGACGAUAAAGACGCUUUCUACGAGCGUCGGAAGGAAGCCUUCUUCCAUCCGGUCAUCGGCAAGGAGAGCCUUCAUCCUCGCACGAAUGACAACGGCCUACGUUUGGUCAAUUUCGCCGCAGCCAGAGGAAUGGCUAUCUGUAGCACCUUCUUUGCGCGCAAGAACAUUCGGAAGCACACCUGGCGUCACCCAAAUGGCGAAUCGUGCACUCAAAUCGAUCACGUUUUGGUGGAUGGUCGACACUUCUCGGACGUGAUGGACGUCCGAUCGUACAGAGGACCGAACAUCGACUCUGAUCACUUCCUGGUAGCGUGCAAGAUCCGAGCUAGGCUGUCGAACGUGUUGACCCCGCGGACUGCGAGGAUAGCGCGGUUGAACGUCCAGCGCCUCGCGAGCAGCGACGUUGCUGCAGAGUACAGUCGGAAGCUCGACGAGCGGAUCAACGAGGACGCGCCUACAGGUAACCUGGAUGAGCAAUGGGGAGCCCUCCAGAGCAUCGUCAACACAACGGCUACCGAAGUGAUUGGCACGACCAGAGGACGCAAACCCAAAGGGUGGUUCGAUGCGGAGUGCCAGCGAGUGACGGACGAGAAGAACGAGGCCAGAAAGCGUAUGCUGGUUAAGGGUACGCGCCGAAACUGUGAGCGAUACAGUGAGCUGCGAAGAGCUGAGAAACGAACCCACCGCCGAAAAGAACGGGAGUACGACGAGAGAGUACUUGCCGAAGCUCAAGCACAGUACAACGCGAAUGAUAAGCGGAGGUUUUAUGCAACUGUCAACGGUGUAAGAAAGAAAGCGACGCCUUCCCCUGUUAUGUGCAACGACAGGGAAGGUAACCUGUUGACAGAUAAGACAGCGGUAGCGGCCAGGUGGAAGGAGCACUUCCAACAGCUGUUGAACGGACGUGGAAAAGCCGUAAAGGAGCUCAAGAACGCGAAAUCCGCGGGAAAGGACGUACUUCCGGCCGAACUUUUCAAGCACGGGAGCGCGCGGAUGAUCGAGAUUCUGCACCAAAUCGUCCAGCGAAUUUGGUGCGAAGAACAGCUUCCGACCGACUGGUUAGACGGGCUCAUCACCCCAAUCUACAAGAAAGGGCAAAGACUCGAUUGUGCCAACUAUCGAGGCAUCACAAUCCUCAACUCAGCGUACAAAGUACUAUCUCGAAUCCUGUGGAGCAAGCUGAGACCCUUGACCGAGACCUUUGUCGGCGAAUACCAGUGCGGUUUUCGAGCGGGUCGGUCAACGACGGAUCAGAUGUUCACUCUGCGACAAAUCCUCGACAAGUUCCGGGAGUACAACCUGCAAACACACCAUUUGUUCAUCGACUUCAAGGCGGCGUACGAUUCAGUCAAAAGAAACGAACUUUGGAAAAUUAUGCUAGAACACGGCUUUCCGGCGAAGCUAAUUAGACUGAUUCGUGCAACGCUCGACGGAGCAAAAUCAAGCGUGCGAAUAGCUAACGAGACAUCUGAAGCUUUCGUUACGUUGGAUGGAUUGAAGCAGGGCGAUGCUCUCUCGAACUUACUGUUCAUCAUAGCGUUGGAGGGUGCUGCUCGAAGGGCAGGCGUGCAAAGAAACGGAACACUCAUCACUAAAUCGCACAUGCUGCUUGGAUACGCUGACGACAUCGACAUCAUUGGUAUCGACCGUCGGUCAGUGGAGGAGGCGUUCGUCCCUUUCAAGCGGGAAGCUGCGAAGAUCGGACUGACCAUCAACACUGCCAAGACCAAGUAUCUGGUUGCUGGCAGAGCGCGUGGCAGUGCAGGUGAUGGUGUUUCGGAGGUGGAAAUAGAUGGAGAAAGAUAUGAGGUGGUGGAUGAGUUUGUAUAUCUUGGUACACUUGUGACGUGCGACAACGAUGUGAGCUGCGAAGUGAAACGGCGGAUUAGUGCUGCAAACAGGGCCUUCUACGGUCUUCGUAGCCAGCUAAGGUCCCGCAGCCUAAGGACGCCUACGAAAAUCACGCUGUACAGGACCUUGAUACUCCCUGUAGCUCUUUACGGUCACGAGUCGUGGACGCUAAAGGAGGCUGACCAGAGAGCACUUGGGGUCUUCGAGCGGAGAAUCCUGCGUACUAUCUUCGGCGGCAAGCAAGUAGGAGACCGGUGGCGCAGGCGCAUGAACUUCGAGCUGUACCAAGACUACAAACAUGCUGAUAUCGUAAAAGUCAUCAAGCACGACAGGCUGAAGUGGGCUGGACAUGUAGCCAGAAUGUCGGACGAGCGGGCGGCUAAAACGAUAUUCAGCAGCGAACCCGGACGGGGUCGUCGGCUUCGUGGAAGGCCUCGUACGCGUUGGCUGUGUGCAGUCGACGAAGAUGCAAGAGCGGCCAACAUUGUGGGCGACUGGAGACGAGCGGCCCAAGAUCGAGCAUCCUGGAAAUCUUCGAUUAGUUCAGCGUUGGGUCGAUAG